UUAUGUUGAUUCAUGCAUAAUACACUUUUGGGAAGUUAUAUCUGAUGAACAUGGUAUUGAUCCAACCGGUUCAUACCACGGUGAUUCUGAUCUGCAGUUAGAAAGAAUCAAUGUCUACUAUAGCGAAGCACUUGGCGGGAAGUAUGUACCGCGGGCAGUCCUCGUAGAUUUGGAACCAGGCACUAUGGACUCCGUGAGAUCAGGUCCUUUUGGUCAGAUAUUUCGACCAGAUAACUUUAUUUUCGGACAGUCCGGUGCCGGCAACAAUUGGGCCAAAGGUCAUUACACAGAAGGUGCUGAACUGGUGGAUUCAGUGUUGGAUGUAGUCAGGAAAGAAGCGGAAAGUUGUGAUUGCCUGCAAGGUUUCCAAUUGACCCAUUCGUUGGGCGGCGGAACCGGUUCUGGUAUGGGAACUCUUAUGAUAUCGAAAAUCCGUGAAGAAUAUCCGGAUCGAAUCAUGACCACGUACAGCAUUGUCCCUUCGCCCAAGGUGUCCGACACCGUGGUGGAACCGUACAAUUCCACGUUGUCCGUGCACCAGCUAGUGGAGAAUACGGACGAAACGUUUUGCAUCGACAACGAGGCGUUGUACGACAUAUGCUUCCGAACGUUAAAGCUCACCACGCCCACGUACGGCGACCUGAAUCACCUGGUGUCGGCGGCCAUGUGCGGCGUGACCACGUGCUUCCGGUUUCCCGGGCAGCUCAACUCAGACCUCCGGAAGCUGGCCGUCAACAUGGUGCCGUUCCCGCGGCUCCACUUCUUCAUCACCGGGUUCGCGCCGCUCACGUCGCGCGGCAGCCAACAGUACCGCGCGCUCACCGUGCCGGAGCUGGUGCAACAGAUGUUCGACGCCAAAAACAUGAUGGCCGCGUGCGACCCCCGACAUGGCCGUUACCUGACCGCGGCCAGCAUAUUCCGCGGCCGCAUGUCAAUGAAGGAAGUGGACGAGCAGAUGCUCAACGUGCAGACCAAGAACUCCAGCUACUUCAUCGAGUGGAUACCGAACAACACCAAGACGGCCGUGUGCGACAUACCGCCCCGGGGCCUGAAAAUGUCGGCCACGUUCAUUGGCAACACUACGGCCAUCCAGGAGAUGUUCAAACGCGUGGCCGAACAGUUUACGUCCAUGUUCCGGCGCAAGGCGUUCUUGCAUUGGUACACCGGCGAGGGCAUGGACGAGUUGGAGUUCACAGAGGCCGAGUCCAACAUGAAUGACCUGGUGUCCGAGUACCAGCAGUACCAGGACGCGACCGUCGAAGAGGAAGGAGAAGGAGACGAGGACGAGGACGCUGAAGCGUAAACGCCCUUUUGACAUCGAUAUACAACUCGUAGCGCACGUACAAUGUGCAAUGCAGUUCACGCGAUGUUCACGCACCCACAAUUCGAUAAAAAUCAAAACCAAUAUCAAGCCUCGCUGAACUUCUGUUGAAACAACUAUACUCUAAUACAUCUAUACAUUCAUUAAAUACUUCAUUAAUUAUA